UAGCGCAAGUACACAAUGCGAGGCCAAGUAAAAGUAGGAGGCGUCAUCUUCUUCAACGCCCCUGGCGGUCGUUUUCACUGCCCCACUCCCACGUCGCCUCCUCGUCCUCGUUCGUGCGGUUCCUUGCGUACCGCAGUCGAUCGGCACGGGUCAGUUCGACCGGGGAUACCUGUCAAGCGUGUGCGGCCAAGCAGACUGCUCUUUCGCUUUACUUGCAGCCUCGCUAAAUCAGUGAUAAUGCCGAUCAAGAAGAUAUACGCCCGCCAGAUCUUCGACAGCAGGGGCAACCCGACCGUGGAAGUCGACUUGCUGACUGAGAAAGGACUGUUUCGUGCUGCUGUGCCAUCGGGAGCGUCGACUGGAAUCCACGAGGCCCUCGAACUGCGUGAUGGAGACAAGUCCAGGUACAUGGGCAAGGGCGUUUCCAAGGCUGUGAACAAUGUGAACCUAGUGAUUGCACCCCAGCUCAUUGGCAAGAACUUGGACGUCACCGACCAGACGGCCAUUGAUGAAUUCAUGCUUCAGCUGGAUGGCACCGAGAACAAAGGCAACCUGGGUGCAAACGCGAUUCUCGGUGUGUCGCUGGCGGUGUGUAAGGCGGGUGCAGCGCAGAAGGGAGUGCCGCUCUACCGCCACAUUGCCGACCUGGCGGGCAACUCGAAGGUGGUCAUGCCGGUGCCUGCUUUCAAUGUGAUCAAUGGUGGCAGCCAUGCUGGCAACAAGCUGGCCAUGCAGGAGUUCAUGAUCCUGCCAACGGGCGCCCCCUCUUUCACCGAGGCCAUGCGCAUGGGCUCCGAAGUUUACCACACCCUCAAGAAUGUCAUCAAGAAGAAGUUCGGCUUGGAUGCCACUGCUGUUGGUGACGAGGGUGGCUUUGCGCCAAACUUCCAGGACAACAGGGAGGCCCUCGAGUUGCUCCAGGAGGCCAUCAAUUUAGCUGGGUACGCAGGACAAGUUGAAAUUGGAAUGGACGUUGCUGCCUCGGAGUUCUACAAGAAUGGCAAGUACGAUCUUGACUUCAAGAACGAGAAUUCCAACCCUGAUAAUUACCUGGAUCGGGAUGCGCUGAAGGCUAUGUAUGAGGAUUUCAUCCGGUCUUACCCCAUCGCUUCCAUUGAGGACCCCUUUGAGCAGGACGACUGGGAUGCCUGGACUUCCCUUAACACGGCAACGCAGAUCCAGAUUGUCGGAGAUGACCUGACUGUCACUAAUCCCAAGCGGAUUCAAACGGCCGUGGACAAGAAUGCCUGCAACUGCCUGCUCCUCAAGGUCAACCAGAUCGGCACCGUCACGGAAUCGAUCCGGGCUCAUCAGCUGGCACGCAAGAGUGGCUGGGGCACCAUGGUGUCCCACCGCAGCGGUGAGACCGAAGAUUCGACAAUCGCAGACAUCGUGGUGGGUCUGAGCGCGGGACAAAUCAAGACUGGUGCCCCCUGCCGUUCCGAGCGUCUGAGCAAGUACAACCAGCUGCUGCGUAUCGAGGAGCAGCUUGGAGGCAAUGCUGUCUACGCCGGCAAGAACUUCCGCCGCCCCCAGUAGGCCGUACCGACAAGGAAGGAAGCAAUGUCGCUGACCCCUUAACUCUUCCUUCUAGACACUUACAUCGUAGAGGUGACAGUAUAUACCUGCCUUGGUUUGUUUUUUUUCUCCACCCCGGUGCGAGGCAGUCUUCCUUUUUUUUUCUUCUCUUCAAAAUUCUGCUAGUCGCCAAAAAUAAAAUUGCCACAGUGCUUA